UUCAAACCUUCAUCAGCGCAUAAGCUGGAAUGGCUGUUCGCUUUUAACGCGAAGGCUUGUUUAACUAUGCGAAAAAACACAACUUGGAAAUAUGAAAUAGAUUGAGGGUAUAUGGAUCCAGUUUGAGACUGUGCCUGUGCCUGUUUUGAAAUGGAGGGUAAAAUGAUCGGACCGGGACCUUACAGGGCUACGAAGUUGUGGAAUGAAACUAUCAGGCUCUUUCGUGGAGGAAUGCCUUUACGGCGACACUGGUUACAUUUUCGUAGUUAUGACAACAGCUUUACUGGCUCAGAGGCUAUUGAUUGGCUCCAUGAACUUCUGAAGCGGAACCACAACUUUGGACCCGAAGUCACUCGCUACCAAACCCUUCAGCUCUUGAGGAAAUUUAUGAAGAACCACGUAAUUGAGGACGUGAAAGGCCGGUUUGGCAAAGAGGACUUUGAAGAUAAUGGACACUUGUACAGAUUUCCCCCAGAAUCCCCUCUCAAGCCUUUGCCCCAGAAGCCACGGCAGACAGACAGCUCGACCCUGCCCAGGCUGCCCCGCUGGGAUGACUAUGAGGAGGUCUCGUCGCAGGGGAAUCUCCCCCUGAAACCUCUCGUCCUGAAUUCAGAGACGUGGAAUAAGAGGCACAGUAUAGCUAUUGGAGAGGUACACGAAUGCAAGCUUAUUCGGAGGAAAGAGAUCACGGCAAAACACCUGGACCAGAUCUGGAGGGCCAUGACUCUAGCUGAGUUACAGCGUGGGCUUGGUCUUCAGUCAUUGGAGGGUGUGUUGGACUCCAAGCAUGUCAACCCAAAGUACAUCAUUCACAAUGUCUACUGUGUCAACAAGCAAGGCAUUGUGGUCCUAAAAAACAAAACAGAUGACCUUCCACAUUGGGUGUUGUCCGCCAUGAAGUGCUUGGCAAACUGGCCCAAUGGCUGUGAUGACAAGCAGCCCAUGUACCCCGGCUUUGAGAGGGAUGUCUUCAGGACGGUGGCCGAGUACUUUCAGAGGCUGAAAGAGCCUCUUCUGACAUUCCAGCUCUAUGAGGUGUUUGUCAACAUUCUUGGCCUGCUCCAAAAGCAGCAGGUGGCAUCUGAAGCGGUGCAGGUGUGCUGUGUCCUGCUGCCCCCUGCCAACCGUCGCAAGCUACAGCUCCUGCUGCGGCUCAUGGCCCGUGUGUGCCACAACCCCACCCUGCCACCGCUCAACGACGCCAUAGCAACACGCACGCUGAUGGCUCAGACCUUCUCCCGUUGCAUCCUGUCCUCGCCUGAUGAGGUGGACCUGGAUGAACUGCUGGCUACCAAGCUGGUCACUUUUAUGAUGGACAACCAGGAGGUGGCGCUGCAGGUCCCUGCCGGCCUCCAGAAGUCUGUGGAGGAGCAUGUUAGCCAGUUACGCCGGGUACAGAUAAAGUAUGCCGGAGCGGACACAGACACGUCUGUGCUGUCACCGAGAGAGCCGCCGACGUUCUGCCGACAGAUCAGCCGUGAGGAGUUUGAGGAGCAGCGUGUCUCGGCCUCGCAGGACGCCAUGGUGGAGCUGCUGGAGGGCAUCAUUCAGGACAAGAACAUGUCCAUCAAGGACAAGAAGAAGAAGAUGAAACAGUUCCAGAGGUCGUACCCUGAGAUCUACACACGGCGCUUCCCCACGGCGGAGAGCGAGGCAGCCGUGUUUCCGGAAAAGCCCUCUAAGCUAAAGCCCCAGAUGAUGUUCCGCACCCUGAAGAAGCCCUUCCAGCAGCCCUUCCAGAGAAGCUGGAGCUUCAGGGCCUGAGGGAGAGACUUCAGGUCAGGUCACUCUUAGCAGCACCACAUGGCAUAGGCCCCCCACCCCUCCCCCUCUGAAUUUCGCCUACAAAAAGGAUCCAAAGCUGCCAUCCAUGCCCGGUCUCCUUAUAUGGGCAAAGAUAGUACCCCAAUCUCCUUAUAUUGUUUGGGUCCUUUUUGUAGGCGAAAUACAGUGGUAUAUUGUUAAGAGACUUAAUUUUGUUGUUUUCAUCAACCCCCUCUCUUUUAGUUUUGGUCAAACAGAUGAUGGAUAUCAUAACAGUACUUUUGAGAAACACAGCCAAGGGCUACUCUCUCCACACCUGUGUUGCACCAUGUUUCAGUACUUGGAUAUUUCAAACAAGAUGCGGUGUGUAGUUUUUUGUUGAUGACAACUAAAUUGAAUUGACACAUAUCAGCAAAGUAGUUCCAAAGUCACGGCGGAGAGGACUGUUUGUUAAUAUUUCUGUGUGUUUUGUGCAUGUUUGUUUUUUCUGGGUGUUGUUUGUAGUCUUCACAGUGUGCAUGCUAAAUUUGUCUCAGACAAAAACUACAUAUGGUAACCGUAAGUUUAGAAAAAUUGAGAAAUCCAUACAUUUCAAAGAUACUAAGUAAUUUGAUGCAACAUUGGUGGAUUGGAAAGCAUAAAUAUCUGGUCAUGGAUUGGAUCAUCUCUGUGUAAGGAACAUUUUCAGACCUUCUGUCAACGUAUGAUCUUGUACUCUUUGUGAGAGACAUUUCAAAGUUUUAAAAAUGUAUAUUUUAAUGUCCAACUUGAAAAAAAUAACAAUUUACUGUAACAGACUGCAUCAGCACUGGAAAAAAAAAAAAUAUAAAAUAGAAACUUGAGUACUGUAGGUUAAAUAAUAUGUCCAGAUGUGUACAUUCCAUAACAUACUGAGAACAGAAUACUGCUAAUGUUGCGAGGUGAAAUGCAAUUUAGUAUGUUUUUACAUGCGGUGUUAAUAUUACUAAAUUAAGGAGCUGUCUUACAGUAUUUUAACAUUGCCUGAAAAAAAAAAGAAUUUUAUGGAACAUGCUAGUCUGGUGUAUUUAAGAUUAUAUAUGGACUGAAAUGACCAACAGGGUUGUGCUUUAAUGUCUUGGAAAGAGAUUUCAAAUCAAACAUUUCCUGUAUCAACAUUGUUUCAUAUCAGGCUUAGGCUGCUAAUUGUCAAACAUUCCACAGAUGGUACUCAUGAUCAUGGUGAAACUUAAAAUGCAGAAUGUUAAAAUGCAGAACUAACAUUCUAAAUGUUACUCAUCAUUGCCACUAAAGAAUGUUGUCAUUUUUGUAUCAUUUCCUCUGCAUGUUUAACUAAAUAGAAAUAAAUAGGACAGUGGUUUAAGAAAGCAUAACUUAUUUCUGUUUUUUUUUUUUUUUUAU